GAGGCUCAUGAGGCUCGCCACCACUGCCAUCGCCCGCCACGCCCCAACUCCGAAACGCUGUGGCUUUCGCCGGAUCGCUUGGUUCCACCUGGGGCUCGCGAACAGCAGCGCGCGCGUGCCGCUGGUUUCGCUUGGAAGUCGUGGCGGGGAGGACAGAGAGGAUUGAUUGAGCGAGAGUGGGAAGAGCGAGACGCACUGUGAGUGGAUUUUAAUUAAAGUCGACUGGUGUAGGCUGGCUGGGGGUGUGGUGGGGAAAGGGGGUUCGACAGGCGUGUUGCGAGAAGACCUAAUUAGCGGGUGGGGAUGAGAUGAGAAGAGAAGAGUGUGAUGCCAUGCGCGGAGGGGACGGUGUUGAGGUGUUGAAUUCGCUGUGAGAGUGCGCACCGACGACAAGUGUCGACGCCUAUGUGCCGCAUUGCGACGAGGCAAGCGUGGCGGUGGUGGCAGAGGUAGCUCACGGGUUUCCAGAAUGCCGCUGUUCAAGCGUAAGCCUUAUGUGCUCCGGAAACCGCCGAAGGACCUGCUGCCUGAUGAGGACGUUUUUAAAGUGCGAUUCACGAAGGAGGUUUUUCGGGAUUAUAAAGAAUAUUUGAGUUGCAUGAAAUUCUACCGGCGGAGGUUGUGGACGUGCAAAGUUUCGGGGAAGACGAAUUUAACUUACGAGGAAGCGCUAGUCUCUGAACGCAAGGCCACGGAGAAAGUGCAACAGUUUCCUAAGGAAUUCAUGGGGCCUGUUUUACGCAUGGUUCACUUGAGUCCUUUGCGUGUUGAUGAGCUGGUCGAUAGAAUCUACAAAAUUUUCAAGGAGAGAUUUGUACCGGGAGAGGAGGUUACGGGGGUACAAGAUGAGGCACUAGGAACGUGUCGGAUUUUAAAAGUUUUUAACCAAGAAGAGGAUAGAAGUCCUUUAUAUGAAGUUGCUUGGUUGGACGACGAAGGGAGGAAAACUGGUACCUCUCAGAUAGUGGCGGAGAAUUUGCGGCGCAAAAAGCAACCAUUUUCUCGAGUUCUUCUGAAGGCGUUCAUCAGAGAGUCGGCUUCAUCAGGUCUAUCUCGGAACUCGGCCUGGUCUGUGCACGAAAAACUUGCUCGAAAGUUUAAAAUACCGAUCCCAGUUGCUGAACGACCUAAAGUGGCUGCUAAAAAACAGUCGAAGCGAAACUUAUCUAGUGAAAAAUUCGAGGUUUCCAAAGUGGCAAACGGGAUACAAGGGGUUAGGAAGAGAAAGAGAAGCGAGGCUACCGGAGUCGGAAGGAAGGGCGAUAGCAAAAGACAACACGUGGAAAGAGUGAUACCACCACCCAUUCGCUAUCCGAUCGAGGAUACUCAAGUUAAAUUAUCAGCAAAUGAUCCUCCUCUACAUGACCGGCCAGUUCCAGCAACUGAUUUUGUUGUGCCUGUUGAGUGCACUGGCGACAUGUUGAUGGUUUGGGACUUCUGUUGCUUGUUUGGAAAAACCCUCCUUCUCUCUCCUUUCUUAUUAGAGGACUUCGAGAAGUCACUUGACUAUAGAGAAGGCGAGGCUCCAUUGUUGCUGGAGAUGAUUCAUUCACUGCUCCGAGCAGCUUUGACCGACCCAACCCUGAGGGAUGAGUUCCAGCAGAAGAGGAAGAAACGAGUUGAGGUCACCAUGGCCAAAUGGAAGGAUGACCUUUGUGACUUCUUGGAGCUGCCGAGCCAACAAGGAGUGUCCAGUAAUGUAAUUUCCAUGAUUCGAAAGGGCUACUUCAAGCAAGUAAAGGUUUCUGAAAAGGUGAAUAUUGUGCAGACAUUAGUGAACAAUUGUCUCAACUCUGGUAUCAUUAGAAAUCAGAUUGAUGAGAACAUUGCGGAGUAUCAACUCAUUGUUGCUCAAAAGAGGGAGAUCGAGGCGUUAGAAGUCAAACAGAGAAAAGAAGAAAAGGAACUUUUGAAGCAGCAGCGGGCAGAGCAAGCAAAUGGCAGAGGUGUGGAGAACGGUGAACAAGUAGAACAACGUUUAGAGAAUGGAGAGGGAGAGGAUGAUGAAGAUGAGGAUGACGAGGAGCUGACUGAAGAUAAGCAUCCGACAGUUUGGAAGGUGAAAGGCAAGCGAAACUCAUAUGGGAAUCAUUCACCUGUCAAUAACGGAGUUUCAGGGGACAAAGAAAAUAAGCAUGUAUCGGCCAGUCGUUCCAGGCAAGAACAACUUAAGAAAAAGGUGAAAAAGAAACUUGCAGAAGAGAAGGAAAAGGAAAAGGAAAGACAGAGAGUUGAGGAGCAGAAGAAGAGGAAAGGUGAGGCCGAUGCCUUGGUGGUGCGCAAAUUGCAAGAGCAAAAGGUGUCUGAAAGACAGAAGAAGCUUGAACAGCUGGAUCGAGAAUUGGAAAAACUGUGUGUUCUCACAGUACCACUUGGGAAGGAUCGCGAUCACAAUCGCUUCUGGUUUUUCAAUAGGGAGGGUCGACUUUUUGUGGAGAGCGAAGAUUCCACACAUUGGGGUUACUACGCUGGAAAAGAGGAGCUUGAUGCGUUGAUUGGCUCUUUAAAUGUUAAAGGAAUAAGGGAGAAGGCUCUGCGCAAGCAAUUGGAAACGUAUCAAGUCAAAAUUAGUAAUGCAUUGCAGAAGAGAUCUAAGGAGCUUGCUCAAAGAUACGCAGUUGAAGAAGCCUCUGUGAGACGUUCAGAGCGAGUCCGCACAGCCCCACGUCUCACUGGAUUCCUUGCUUACGUGAACAAAUUGAGGACUUCGUGAACAAAUUGAAUGCUGUGUUGUUUAAGCUACAGGAGGGUGGUAAUUUACAGUGUCAACGUAUUGCCUUCCCUUCAACAGGAAAACCUGAAAUGGGAAUGGCUUGACUACCUUUAGUUAGUCUUGUACACUACAAGUUUACAGUACCUCCUUGCACGUAGAAUUCUUCCCUUGCUGCAAUCAAGUGGCGUUGGAUGAUUAUGUUCAACUAAGUUCAGAGAAUUCAGUGACAAUGUAAGUAGCGUCAAGUCACACUGGGUUAUUAUUGUGCCAUCUGAUUAGAAGUUACCUCACACCAGCUUUGUUUAGAUAUCUCAAAUUUGACCGUUGAUUCUGUACUUGCAGGGGUUUAGAAUAGGUUCACCUCCCAGAGAACUUGAGGACGCUGCAUAAUUCGAGUAUCUGCAGGCUAGAGUGAUGAGUUCUCACAUUUAAGAAACCCCAUCCAAUUUUCCUCAGUCUUGUCAUGGAUUGAAACACAGUUCUGUAUCAAUAUCUCCAAUCAUAUUACACAUGUGAUUGCAUUUUAAGUCCUGAUCAUUUUGGUUUUA